AGCUCUGCGAGACGUGGGGGGGGAGAGCUGAGUGGAUGCAGUCUCCGUGUUUUGGCUGGGAAAGAAAGGAGGCCACGCUUCUAUCUGAAUCGCCGCCGUUUCUGGGUUUUUUUUAUUCAUUUUGGCUGCAGACCUACUGAUGUGACAGACAGCAGCUGCUGUGGAGCUGAAAUCUCAUCUCAGCCAUCUUUGACUGUCCUGCUCCCUCAUCAGCGCAGAGUAAACACGGCUUGCACAGCGCGCGCGGCAGGGCAGGAGAGAUGGGCUCGGCGCGCGACAUCUGACCCGAUCUGUACGCAUCAGAGCCGCAGAGGGGAAGGGAAGCGACCCGCUUUAGACAUGGACCUGUUCGGGAUCUACCUGCUCCUCUGCCUCGCUCUCCUUCCCCGGUCCAGCUGCACCACAGCCAAAGAGAUCACCUGCCAGGAAAUAGUCGUACCCCUGUGCAAGGGGAUCGGCUAUAACUACACCUACAUGCCCAAUCAGUUCAACCACGAUACGCAGGACGAGGCUGGUCUGGAGGUGCACCAGUUCUGGCCUCUGGUGGAGAUCCAGUGUUCCCCGGAUCUGAAGUUCUUCCUCUGCAGCAUGUACACCCCGAUCUGCUUGGAGGACUACAAGAAGCCCCUUCCGCCGUGCAGGAGCGUGUGUGAGAGAGCCCGUGCCGGCUGCGCGCCCCUCAUGAGGCAGUACGGCUUCCCCUGGCCGGACAGGAUGAAGUGCGACCUGCUGCCGGUGCAAGGGAACCCGGACACGCUGUGCAUGGACUACAACAGGACGGACUCCACCACCGUGUCCCCGGUGCUCUCUAAACCCACCAACCAUCCCGGGAAAGGCUCCAACCCUGCUAAAAACAAACCCGCCAGACCUGGGAAGUACAAGCCAGCCAGCGUCCCGUGCGAACCGGGCUGUAAGUGUUUGGAGCCCAUGGUUCCGGUGAACACCGACCGCCACCCGCUUUACAACCGAGUCCAAACGGGCCAGAUCACCAACUGCGCCAUGCCGUGCCACAACCCCUACUUUACGCACGACGAGAGAGCUUUCACCACCUUCUGGAUCGGCCUGUGGUCCGUGCUCUGCUUCGUGUCCACUUUCGCCACCGUGGCCACUUUCCUCAUCGACAUGGAGCGCUUCAAGUACCCAGAGAGGCCGAUUAUCUUCCUGUCCGCCUGCUACAUGUUUGUCUCUGUGGGCUACAUCGUCAGGUUGAUCGCGGGACACGAGAAGGUGGCGUGUAACCGGGAGAUGGAGCUGGAGCACAUCCACUACCAGACCACCGGCCCGGCGCUCUGCACCGUGGUCUUCCUCCUCAUCUACUUCUUCGGCAUGGCCAGCUCCAUCUGGUGGGUCAUCCUGUCUCUCACCUGGUUCCUCGCUGCUGGGAUGAAGUGGGGGAACGAGGCGAUCGCCAGUUACUCCCAGUACUUCCACCUCGCCGCUUGGCUCAUCCCCAGCAUGAAGUCCAUCGCGGUUCUGGCGCUCAGCUCAGUGGAUGGAGACUCCGUGGCUGGGAUCUGCUACGUGGGGAACCAGAACUUGGACAACCUUCGUGGGUUUGUCUUAGCCCCUUUGGUGAUCUAUUUAUUCAUCGGGACCAUGUUUCUCCUGGCUGGAUUUGUCUCCCUGUUCAGGAUCCGCAGCGUCAUCAAGCAAGGAGGCACCAAGACUGACAAACUGGAGAAGCUGAUGAUCCGGAUCGGGAUUUUCACCGUGCUCUACACGGUGCCAGCGACUAUUAUAGUGGCCUGUUACUUUUACGAGCAGCACAACAGGCAGAGCUGGGAGAUUACGCACAACUGCUCCAACUGCCUGCUGGAGCGGGAGCGCAGGAGCCCGGACUACGCGGUGUUUAUGCUCAAGUACUUCAUGUGCCUUCUGGUGGGCAUCACGUCCGGGGUGUGGAUCUGGUCCGGGAAGACCGUGGACUCCUGGAGGACUUUCUGCACCCGCUGCUGUUGGGGCAGUAAAGGCACCGGGGGGUCAAUGUACAGCGAUGUGAGCACUGGGCUGACGUGGAGGUCAGGCACGGCCAGCUCUGUGUCCUGCCCCAAGCAGAUGCCGCUGUCCCAGGUCUGAAAUGGGAUGGGGGG